GGCGGGGCCGGUUUGAACGGCGAGCGACUGAGAAAAUGGCCGUCAAUGUGUAUUCCACUUCGGUGACAAGCGAUAACUUGAGUCGACAUGACAUGCUCGCCUGGAUCAAUGAGUCCUUACAAUUGAAUUUGACAAAGAUAGAGCAGCUUUGCUCAGGCGCUGCUUAUUGUCAGUUUAUGGAUAUGCUGUUCCCUGGUUCUGUAACACUGAAGAAAGUAAAAUUCCAGGCAAAGUUGGAACACGAAUACAUCCAAAACUACAAGGUCCUACAAGCAGGUUUUAAACGAAUGGGUGUUGACAAAAUAAUUCCUGUGGACAAAUUAGUGAAAGGAAAAUUCCAGGAUAAUUUUGAAUUUGUUCAGUGGUUCAAAAAAUUCUUUGAUGCAAACUACGAUGGGAAAGACUAUGACCCUGUGGCAGCUCGGCAAGGCCAGGAGACGGCACCAGCCCCUGCUCUUGUCGUACCCCUGCUCAACAAACCCAAAAAGAAUCUUAGUUCUACUGGCACAGCUCCAGCGAGGCCCAUGGUUGCACAGAGAACAACAGUGGCUAAUAAAACUGGACCUGCGAUGGUUAAAAAGGCUCCUGGAGGAAUUGGGGAAGAAGAGUCUGCUGAAUUGAUCCAACAGAUCAAUGUAUUAAAGAUGACUGUGGAAGAUUUGGAGAAGGAAAGAGACUUCUACUUUGGAAAACUGAGGAACAUUGAGCUGAUCUGUCAGGAGAACGAAGGAGAGAAUAACGAGUCUACCGCUCUUAACCACUACACCACACUGGCUCUUCAAAGGAUUGUUGAGAUUCUUUAUGCCACGGAUGAAGGUUUUGUCAUACCAGAUGAAGGAGCGCCACCAGAGGAGCAAGAGGAGUAUUAGUGGUCCACCGACUGUACCAGCAGAGCAGCAAUAGCAGAAUUCAGAAAUCAGCUUUCCCCAAUCAUGUGCUUAAAAUACUCCAUUUUAUUCUUUUCAUAAG